GAAAAUUAUUACCACCAAGGUUUUAUAGCGAUUUUCACUUUUUUUUUAUUUUGAUUUUUACUAUUUAUUUGAAUUUCGUUUUCCAUUGUUUCCAUUUUUGAAGGAAUUUGAAAGGCAGAUAAAUCUCGUAGAAAAGUAUUUUCAUUACUUUUUUUUACCUUCUUUGUUUCCUUGUUCAUUCUUAAAAUAAAGAAAACAAAUGAACAAGAAAACUUGUAUCGUCUGCGUGGAAGGUCCUGCAAAGUAUAAGUGUCCCAAAUGCUCUGCUCCUUAUUGUUCGCUUGCUUGCUGGAAGCAACAUCAGCAGCAAUGUUCAGUUACUUCCAACACAAGUCUGGAUACCCUUGAGGAUGAUAAGAACAAACACGAUCUUCUUCCUCCUAAGCCAUCUCCUAAUGUCCUCUUUGUGAACGGCAGAUAUCCCACCAUUGCGGAUGAAGCUCUUCCAACUAAAUCCCAAAUCAGUCAAGCUGUGGAUGAUCCCAACGUACAGGAAAUGCUGCAAGCAAACCCGGAAGUGAGGACUUCAAUAAAAAGGCUUGUUGAACUUCAUAAGUCCGAAAUGGGUCCCGUCCCUACGCGAACAUUGGAUGCUAUACAACAAAACCGACUUCAUAAUCCAGAAUUCGAACAACUUGCUUCAUAUAUCCUCGACAAGUACUAUCAUAUCGAGGAAGAAAGCGGCUAGCAAACCGUUGAACUUUAGGCAAUGUUUCAUUUUACACUGGGGUUUUAUGAGCAUAAAAAUUGACACGCUGUAAAAUAUCAGGGGAAAACAAAAAGGGAAUGUAAUGUAUAUAGCGAAUUUUACUCUUUAAAAACUGGUUCAUAAUAACUUUUUUCUUUAUUCAUUCUAUUUUUAACCCA